AUGCAGUCAAACGACGACGCAAUGGUCUCGCCCACGCCAUCUCCACCGGCGUCAUCCUCGACCCCGACGCAGGGCUCUGCCCCGCGCCGACCCCCGCGCAAGAGCACCCUCACCCAGCAGCAGCGCAACCAGAAGAGACAGAGGGCCACUCAAGACCAACUGGUGACACUCGAAGUGGAGUUCAACAAGAACCCCACACCCACUGCUGCUACCCGCGAAAGAAUUGCCUCGGAAAUCAACAUGACUGAGCGCUCAGUCCAGAUCUGGUUCCAGAACAGACGUGCCAAGAUCAAGAACAUUGCCAAGAAGAGCAUCGAGAACGGUGAUGACUGCAAUGAUAUCCCAGAGUCCAUGCGACGAUACCUUGCCCUCCAGGCCAUGGAGUCUGGCAAGUCGAUCGGCACUAGUUUCCUGGGACGCGCAGGCGGUAUGCCAUACGGAAGUGGCAUGCUUCUCAACACCGACGCCAACAACUCCAAGGUUGUCAUCCACCACUUUGCUUGCCGCUCCCUCAGCAUCGGUAGCUGGAGACGAGUUGGACAGAGCGCCAUGGACCUUGUAGUAUUCUACUCGCCUGAGAAGUGCUGCAUCACCUACUACAUCAACAACGACUCUGCAGGAUACAAGAUUGAGUACCCAUUCUCAUACAUCAAGAAUAUUUCUCUGGAGAAUGGCGACAUGACCGCAAACGCCGAGGGUGCGUCGCAACGCCCCGGAGGCCUGAUUGUCGAGCUCAACCGCCCUCCGAACUUUUUCAUGGACUCUUCCGGUUCGGGUGGAUUUUUCCAAUGCGGCGACUUUACCGAGGACCAGCAAGCAUCAAACAUCAUGUUGCACCAUUUGGGUGGUCACCCGAAGGUGCUGAGCGGUCAGUUGGCGAAACUUGUCUCACUGGAGUCGUUUCAGAACCGACACAACAUGUUCGACCCAAACACAUUCGCCGUCUCGGCACCGGUCUCGCCCAUCAACCACCGGCCCGCGUCCCAACCAAACCACCUCCAGCACCCGCAUCACAUGGGCAUGUUUCAGGAGACGCAUCUUGCACCCCAACCCUUCCAACCGCGUGGUCACAAGCGCCAGCGAAGUCGUUCAGUGCCUGUUGCGAUGGACUUUUCUAUGCUUCGCAACCCGAUGCCAUCAUUCUUGAUUCAACAAGAGCCGUCGCCGUAUGUUCCUAACCCUGAGAUCUUCGCGCCGACGCCCCAGAGUGCAGGCCCCAUUGGCCCUCACCUGAGCAUCGACACUUCUGCAGGGUACGGCAUGGACUACCGACAGUACCCCAUGUCGGCCACUACCGCCAACUCACCUUCGGAGUACGGCACGCCUUCCUUUUUCACAUCGGGACCAUCAAACGACAACAUCCCGGCAUCCAACUAUGGCCAGUACAACAUUCCUCCUUAUGUACAUACACCAAUGGGCCCGCCACCUUCUGCAUCUCACCACUCACCUAUGCCGGCGAUGAACCACCCUGACCCUAUCAUUGCUAACCAGUCACCACCACUGGGUUCUUUCGGUCGUGACAACCACAAUGAUGUGUACUCAAUGUCGCACGACAACGGCAUGUCCGACGAGGCGCUGCAAAUGACAGACAUGUACGCCAAGCAAAAUCUCAACAUGCCGUUCCGGUCACCGAUGAUGGAUGACAACGUCGACGACCUGGACAUGCAGAACCUGGUGUCAUUCGGCUCGUUAGACCCAUCAAGCAUGUCACCGGAGCAUCACCAGAUGCAAUGA